UUACAAUUAAAUAAUCAUGGAUACAGUAUCGAUAACAGAACAGAAAAAGAGUAAAACGACUGCAUUCAGCGUUAAAGAACAGACUCCAUCAAGUGCCAAGGCGAAUAUUGUUGCGGGGAAGUCUUCGGCGGCAGUACAAGGAAAGUCCCUUAGUAGGAUGAAAGUUCGGAGACAAUCCUAUGGGUUCAGUGGAGUCGCUGGAAUAAGACCUACUGAGCGAAGAACUUCACAGGUCGGAUUGGAAUACAAAAGACCUCCGCUGAUAUUUCUGAAUACAUACCAACUGGAUCCUAGGAUUAAAUUCCACGUCACAGAAGUAGAGAAAACCAUAAAUACUGUACUAGAUGCUUAUUGGGAAGGCCACAAGUAUAAUAUUGCGGAAUCUCCGGGACUCGCGAUUGUAAUAGCAGGCGAAGUAAUGAGAAACGUGAAGAGUUUGGGCUUCAACCGCUAUCGGAUUAUUGCCGUAGUCUCACUGGUGCAAAAGAGAGCUCAAAGUUACUCCAACGCAGUGGCCUUUCUAUGGGACCAUGAGAGAGAUGGUAUGGCCGACAUUCACAGGGAAAUCACUUCAGCAUUCAUACAAGUCACUGUCUUCGGAAUAUACCUUGACUAA